AUGGUUCUGGAUAAAGAGCUACCUCAAAUAAGGAGCGCUUGCAAUUACUUUUCAUCCAAUGGCACAAGUCCGAAAUGGUCCCCCACGAUCACCUUAUUUGUAGCUAUAAAGCGCCACCACGCUCGUUUCUUCCCAAAAACAAACCCCGAAAAGCCGCCCAGCCAAGGAAGGCGGGAAGAGUGGGAAGCUUGGAAGGAAAACUUGAAGAGUGGAACACUGAUCGACACGAACGUCGUGGCCCCUUCCAGAAGUGAGUUCUAUCUCCAGAGUCACCACAACCUGUUGGGAACCGCUCGUAGCUCGUACUAUAUCCUUCUCAAAAAUGAAUCGGGCUUGUCUUUCAAACAAUUAGAAGAAGCGGUACGUUCUAACUUGAUUGAACUUGACGUGAUGCCAACCUAAGCAGAUCCAACUAGACAAAUCGCUUAUGUUACACUGGUGCUCGAGCCUCCAAAUGUCCUUCUAUCUGCAUACCAGCUCUCUACGCAGAUUUGCUUUGCGAUCGAUUGAGAACCUACAUGCGUCCCUCCCUAAAUUAUGGCUACGUUCCCAAUUCGGGUACGGGUGUUUCCGAUUUUGUAGCAGAUCGAGAUAUUUGGGAUGUAGGAACAAAUGAGCAGAAUCCGUGGCAUAAAAAUAUGAACAACAUCAUGUUCUAUAUUUGA